AUGGAUUCUGCUGGAAUGUCUCUCAGAAAGUACGUUUCUAACUGCUCGGAGAUUCUACAAAAUGUACCCUACCAUCUCUGUGAUGAGCGAUUGGUUUGUGAAUUAGACUCAACCAUAUCUACUGUGAAAACACUUGGAUUGCAGUGGCAGCCUAGCUCCGAUGACUUCCGCUUCAGUACGAUUUCUUGGGAUGAUAAAGCACCGAUUACCAAGCGAAAAGUAUUGUCAGACGUAGCACGGCUUUUCGAUCCCUUAGGACUAGUUGGCCCCGUCGUAAUCCAAGCUAAAAUCUUUGUACAAGAUCUGUGGAAACUCCAAUGUGAUUGGGAUGAGGAACUGAGCGUUGAGCUUCAAGAGCAGUGGAGGGAGUAUCGUCGAAAUUUUGCCAGCUUAGAUAGUUUGUCAGUGCCCCGUUGGGUCGGUUUAAGUCAGGAGACAAGAGUCGUAGAAAUUCACGGAUUUUGUGAUGCUUCAGACAAAGCGUACGGAGCAUGUUUAUAUGUCAGAACCGUUGAUGCAAAUGAGGAGAUUCUAGUUCGACUGUUGACGGCGAAGUCGAGAGUAGCUCCUCUCGAAAACCUGAAGAAGAAAAAGAAGAGGCAAUCUACGCCACGAUUAGAAUUGUCAUCAGCUUUACUUCUCGCGCACCUGUAUGAGAGAGUCUCCAGAAGCAUCAAGUUGCAGUCAGCAAAAUCCCACUUUUGGACUGAUUCCAUGAUAGUUAAGUGUUGGCUAUCAUCCCCACCUUCGCGUUGGAAAGAGUUUGUAGCAAACCGAGUCUCCGAGAUCCAACACAUCACGGUCGCUGGAACAUGGAAUCACGUAGCAGGAGUUGAAAACCCGGCAGAUAUAAUUUCCCGAGGCAUGAUUCCAGCACAGUUGCAGUAUCAAUCGCUGUGGUUUCAAGGCCCAUCUUGGUUGAGGCUUGAAGAGAAACACUGGCCUAAGAAUGUGAACGUCGUUGAGGAGUCGUUAGAGAAGUCAUCGUUGGAAGAAAAGGCGAGUACCACGGCUGUAGCACAGGUUGUAGAACCAAGCGAAGUAUUUGGAUGGAGAUCCUCUUACAUAGAGCUAAUGCGCCUUGUGGCAUGGAUGCGACGAUUUCGAUUCAACUCUCAGAUUGCGCAUAGAGAUAUUAAAAGAAGUGGUGCCCUGACUCUCACAGAACUCGAUGAAUCGCUGAAGACGCUUGUACGAAUCGCUCAGGAAGAGAGCUUUCCGAAAGAGUACUGUGAUUUGAAGAACAAUCGUCCGAUUUCACCGUCAUCAAAACUGAUGACAUUGACGCCGGAGAUGGUAGAUGGGUUAAUCCGGAUUGGCGGCCGGCUCCGACAUGCAUCGAUUUCCGAUAACCGAAAGCACCCGUACAUCUUGGAUCAUCGACAUCCGUUUACCGAAACAGUGAUGACAUACUAUCACCGAAAGUUGUUUCACGCAGGUCAACAGCUUCUCAUUGCUGCAGUUAGAGAUCAAUUCUGGCCAACGCACAUUGGAACCCUUGCUCGCUCUGUGAUCUUCAAAUGUGUCCCUUGCUUCCGCGUGAAACCCAAGAGUCAGGAACAGAUCAUGGCAGAUCUACCAGUUGAACGAGUGACUCAGUGCCCAGUUUUUGAGAGAGUUGGUGUGGAUUACUGUGGGCCAUUUUUCGUAACGUACCCUCAGCGAAAAUGUCGGCCUGUCAAGGUUUUCAUCGCUAUCUACGUUUGCCUUGUGACAAAGGCUGUGCACAUGGAAGUGGCUUCAGAUUUGUCUACACAAGGUUUCCUUGCCACUUUUCAACGGUUUUGUAGUCGUCGAAGUGCUCCUCGGUUGGUGAUGUGCGACAAUGCGAAAAAUUUUGUUGGAGCAAAACGUGUUCUGGACGAAGUUCACGGGUUGUUCAUCAGCAAGCAGUUCCAAAACACGGUGGUUGAUUACGCAGCAAACCAAGGCAUCGAGUUUCAUUUCAUCCCGGCACGCUCGCCAAAUUUUGGAGGACUUUGGGAAUCUGCAGUGAAGUCGUUUAAAACUUUGCUCAAACGGACAGUUGGACAGCGCUCGCUUGGACACGAGGAAUUCCAGACAAUCGUGGUGAAGAUUGAGGCAGCAUUGAACUCCAGACCAAUCACCGAACUCAGCAAUGAUCCUGAUGAUUUCGAACCGCUCACGCCAGGACAUUUCCUGGUGCAAAAGAAAAUGACUGCUCUCCCUGAACGCGAUUUGAAGGACGUACCGGAGUCGAGACUGAAGGUCUGGCAGAGAAUGGAACAGAUUUCCCAGAAUCUGUGGGCAAAGUGGUCGACUCAGUACCUUUCUAACCUCAACAACCGAACGAAGUGGACUAAGAAGAAGGACAACAUCAAAAUCGGCACCUUGGUCAUACUGAAGGAGGAAAAUUUCCCGCCUCUGCAGUGGCCCAUGGCACGAGUAAUAGACCUCCACCCUGGUACAGAUGGAAACAUACGCGUUGUCACUGUUCGCACACAGAACGGCACAUACAAGAGAGGCAUUUCGAAAAUCUGCGUGUUACCUAUCCGUGACAACCUACCAUCGUCAGAAGAGGAGAACCUGGACUCCUCCACCGGCGGAGAUCAAUAG